AUGAGCCUCACAAACGCCGAAACUCCUAGCCAAGCCAUGGACCGAUGCGGUAUUGUGAGACCGCGUGCUCGGCUACAAAAGCUAACCAUACGUAUCCGGAAGCUGAAAGAAAGGUACGUUGAGGGAACACAGAAGGCUAACUUACAGCUCUUAGUGUUAGAAAAGCUUGAGAUGGCAAAAGGAGUAUUUGCUGAAGAAAUUGAUCGGCUUGAGGCGGUGUUUAGACAGCGAGAAAAACCGCACUCUCCAAUUCCUGAGACCAGUAACGGUCAGAACCGAAGUGAAACGCCUCCUCUAGCGGAUCCGGCCAUACACGAAACCGAAGAAAGGACGGGGACUCCUCUCGACGAGCAACUUGAAACUGAACAACCUGGGGUCUCCGAACCGGGCGUCACAGAAGAAAGGGUCAAGAUCCUUAUUCAAGAGUUCGCAGACUCAACGGUUCACCCAUUGGAGACGAAAGUCAAGAAAGCCUUGCGCCGAACACUCAUGCUCGCCGAAAACACAAGGGAUAAUCUAGUAAAGGAACAGGACCGGAUCACAAAAAUCAAAGCUGACUACCGGGACAACACUAUUGUGCGCAACGAACAUCUUCAACAAACCAAGGCUUUAGACGAUAAGACCUCAAAAAUAGUAGAAGACUUGGAUCGGCUUGAAAGGGAAACCGAACAAGGAUUCACAGAGGUAGAAGAGGACCUAGGAUGGAGUGUCACCGAUCUAGAAAACAAGAAUGCAAGCUUGGAAGACCACAACGAAAAGCUUGAGGCCAAUCUUAAGGCGCUAACCGAACAGGUCAAUGAGCUGAUAAAAGCCAAGGUCAAUGCUGACAUAGCGGUUGAGGAAGCCAACGCCCGAGCGGUUGAGGAAGCCAACGCCCGAGCGGCUAAAGAAGUUCAGGAUGCACUAGAUGAAGAAAUGCGGAGAGCAAAGGAAGCACUACGACUUUCUGAAGAGGAAAUAGCCGAACGCGAACGAAAUCUAAUGGCUAAAAAUCCGGCGUUUGCAAGGUCUAUUGCAGCUCAAGCACGGGAGGAUGAAGAGCGGUUAAAUAAUGAAAGACAAAGACUUGAGGAAUUUGCGACCGCUCACAAGAAGAAAAAGGCAGCUUCCUCCUCUUCGGUUCCAGCAAAACGAAAACGGAAAAUAUCAAAGAAGGCUCAGGUAGCCGGGCUGCUGGAGAGGAUCACCGAAACAAAUGUCGACACUCCGCCAGACCCACCGCAAUCCGAGGAUGAAGAUGAAGAGCAUCUGGCGGAGCGCUCUACAAGACAACGAGUUCUACAAGCGGUUCCAAUCAGCACGGUUGGUCAACCGCAAGCUGAAGGUUCAUCCUCAAGACCGGAUCAACCGAAAAAGAAAAUACCUACCAAGGAUAUGAUGGACGGCUUCAGAUUCUCCGACUCAGAAUAG